UUGCAUUGCCGUUUAUGACCGGAGUUUGUAUGCGGUUGCACACCUACAACUUGAAAGCGAGAUUGAGAAUGACCCUUUUAACUCCCGAACGUAACAUUUGCAGUUUUAUUUAUUUUUUGCUGAAAUAACAGUUUUUAAAAUGUUUUCCAGUGUGGCCAGAAGAUACCUGCUGACUUCAUGGAGGGUUCAGUCGCUGGCCACCCACAUGCUCAAAUCAGUAGUGACCCGCGUGACUCCCCAGCCCAACUCCUUCCACAUCCCCCAAGCUCAAAGACGGCUCUUCUUUGCUCACUACGCUCAGCUUCCAUACCAGAGACCAGCCGGCGCCUGCGUGCUUAUCAAAGGUCAGCAGUUUCACUCCUCCACUCAGUCCCACAAGCGGAAGAAGACUCAAGAAGAGCCGCAAGAGCGGGAGCUGGACCUCUUGAGGUACGACAUGAAGGAUUUAAUGAAGGGCCCCAAGCCUGCGCUGUACCUGGGCUUCUCCGGCUUGAUCCCCUUCAUCUGCGCUCCGCUGCUAAUGGCUGUUACAGAGGUGUACUACCCUGACGUAGCCUUCGCCCAGGUGGCCUACGGAGCCUCCAUUCUUUCUUUCCUCGGUGGAGCUCGCUGGGGGUUCGCUCUGCCAGAGGGAAGCCCUGCCAAGCCGGACUGGCUUAACUUGGCUAACAGCGUGGUCCCUUCACUGUUUGCCUGGGUAGCGCUCCUGUUCAGGGACAGCAUCACAGAAUCAUCUGUGAUGGUGAUCAUGGGGCUGGGAAUCGCGUUGCACUAUGACCUCGCCCUCCUCCCUGGGUACCCUAGCUGGUUCAAGGCCCUGAGGACCAUCCUCACCUUGGUAGCUACCUUUUCGCUGGUUGCGACUCUGAUCAUUAAAAAUGUGUACCCUGAAAAAAAACUUUCAGAAAUCUUUCAGAAAAACAACUGAUGAUUGUCUGUAGCUGUCAGGCAAGUACAGUACAACAAAAGCCAAUGGGUCUUGUCAGUUUUGUGAAAAUAAUGUAAAGAUAUUGAUAUAGCCCUGUAGCAUUUUCUUUUUAUAGGAGAAAUAAAAAAAAAAAAAAAGUUGAGCUUAUUAAAUUAUUGAAAUGUAUUUGUUACCAGGAAAACCCCCAGUAUGAUUUUCCUCGAAGUGAUUUAGUUCAGGGAUUGACAUAUUUGAUUGGGGGGGGCCAGUAUGCAAGUCACACUUUUUGCAGUUAUAUUCUUUAGGUGUAAGUGCAGGAGUAAGCAUGACUGCAAUAACAGCUGCCUCUGCUUUUGAAACCCGGUACACAGAAGACACAAAGCCCAAGUGAUGAAAAAGAUUUACUUGUAUUAUUUCAAACAAGUGACGUUUUGCAUUUCGAACAUAUAAAAUAUUCACUUGGUCAUAGCAAUUGCCGGUUAUCAACAAGCUUUUAAUUGCAGAACCAUGAAUAUGCUUUAAAAAAAAAAGAUGAGCCAGAUACUGUGAAUAACUCAAACUCAACGUGUUUUAACACUUCUUAUUAAACUAUCACACUUUAAAAUAUAUUAUUAAUGCGGUCUGCAGAGUUGGAUUAAAACCAGCAAAGGAAGUGAUGUUCUGUUAAUAAGCCCAUUAGAGCCCACUUUACUGCCAACUGUUUGGUAGUACUACCAUGUACCUUAUUUUAGAAAUAUAAUAUACUCAAGUUGUCUAGUACAAUACAUUGCUGUUAUGGUAAACAUUAAGUUCAGGGUUGCAGAAUACGGGUACGCUAUGUUUUUUAGAUAAUAACCAACAUAAGGUAUUUUGCUUAUGUGCAGACAAAAGCAGCCCACAAUAUUGUAGGUAUAGCAGACAGGUGUUUUAAUGUCUAAAUGUUCACACAGGGUUCAGACUGGAUCAUUUUGAACUGCAGAGACAACACUAAUCACAUCACUUCUGCGCCACUGCCAAUUGGCUAGAGUGCUUUAAAUCUCAUGAGAUGUCUCAGGAGGAUAAAGCACUGUUGUAUUGUGAUCAGGAAAGGAUCUCACGCA